AUGGAGCAGACCAAAGCUCUAAACGCGCUUGAGCCUUUCCUUGCCCUGAGCAAAUCCGCAACAUCGCCCCGAGCAGCGUCGGACUUGGUCGUGCAAGCCACCAGCGCGCCAAACACGUACGUCUUCGCCGAGCUGCUGCAGACACCCAAUAUCCAAAAUCUACGGAGUUCAGCAGAGUAUGCUUCGUAUUUUACGCUGCUGGAGAUAUUCGCCUGGGGAACGUGGGAGGACUACAAGGCACAAGACCAGCUCCCCAAGCUCUCAGCACAACAGCACCAGAAGCUCCUGCUCCUCUCGCUACUCCCCCUCUCCCGCUCCCACGCCACCCUGACGUACAAACACCUCCUCACCGCGCUCGACCUACCCACCACCCGCGCCCUUGAAGAGCUGAUAACGACUGCCAUCUACUCGGGCCUCAUUACCGCCACUCUGGACCCCGCACACUCGCUCGUCUCUGUCACGUCCAUCUCACCCCUUCGUGACCUCACCCCAGGCUCUCUCCCUGCACUGCAGAUGACGCUCCAAUCCUGGUCACAGCGCUGUGAGUCGGCCCUCGCAGAUCUCGAAGCACAAGCCGAAAAGGUCAAAAAGGAAGCAGUAGAUAGAGAAAAAGUGCGCCGGAAGAGGGAGCGUGCGCUCGAUGCAGCUCUGCAGACGGGCGAGGAGAAGAAUACCGGAAAACGAAGCCUAAUGGGUUUGGGUGGGGAUGAUGCCAUGGAUAUCGAUGAUGAGGGGGGAAGCAGUAGGGGCCUGAGAGGUAGCAAGAGGGGCCCUGGCAGCUUUGGCCUGGGUGGCAUUGGCAGGCGGCUGGGUUAG